CUUCCGCAAUCGUUCACUCGUCCUGAGAAGCUAGGGAAAUGCAGGCUAACACGUGGGAAUAGUGAUUUACCGUGUUUGGCUUUCUCUUCAGGGUGGUUUAGUGCCUUUUCAAAACUGUGCCUUGUCUUUUUGCGACCCUGCAGAAACCGCUGGAGUUGACAGUGAGCUUAUAAACUGUCCGGUGAGUCUUUUCUCAUCUGCCUUAUUAUGGCGGACAACGGAGAUGAUGAUUCUGCCUACAGGAUAAAAGAGGGAGACUACGUUGUCCUGAAAAGAGGCGAUAUCUACAAAGCUGUGCAAAUUCAGCCGAAGAAGUAAGUAUUUGUUUGUAAAAACGAAUUAAACCUCCUAUCUAGCUACAGAAAGCCCUGCAGCAUGUGUCUUCAUAUUAGGAGAGGGAUUAACACCUGAUAUUUCUCAUAUAUACUUACAAAAUUGUCAUUGUAAACAUAUUAAAAAGCAUCAUGCUGUGAUCCUUAGAAAUAUAGAAACCUAUUUCACAGGGUAACUUUACAUGUGCAGACAGGACGCCAUAGUGAGGGCUGUAAAAAUGCCAUGUCAUUAAUGAUGACUAUAUUUCUCCUCAUCCUCACAGGAAGGUGAUUUUUGAGAAGCAGUGGUUCUUCUUGGAUAAUGCUGUGGGAAACCUGUACAGAACCACGUUUGAGAUAGUGUCAGGAGCUCUGAAGCUGCAGAAACCCAAGGACUCAGGGAGCUCUACUGGUUUGUAACCUGCUGUUCAAUACGGACACUAGAGAAACAUGCAUGUUUGAUACCCUCUAUGCCUGUGUGUCAUUUGUGGUGAAUAACUAAUACUUGAAUUCUGCCUGUUUGUGUUCUUCACAGAUGCAAAACAGGGGGGAAUAGACAACAGAAACAUUGUGGAUGAUGGGAAAUCACAGAAACUGACCAGAGAUGAUAUUGAAGGACUAAAAGAGCAAGGAUUGAAGCCACAGGUACGAGUAAUUUUGAAAAAUGUCUACAAUCAAUCAAUCAAACUUUAUUAUUAAAGCACUUUUCAUACACAGAAGUGCUGUCCAUACACGCAGGAUAUUAACACACACACAAAAAACAUCUGUAUGAAUGAUGUAUGAACAUCGGUUUGUGCUAUACAGCACUCUUUUAUCUGAGGCUGCCCUGAACGCAUCACUCCGAUAAGGUGCAAGACUGUCAACAUAAAUAUUUUAUCUCAUGUUUGUUUCCCUUUCAUUUAAAUGUUCAUUUUGCAACAAACACUGCUUAAAUAUAGUUUACAUCUUAAACUGACCUGAAUCAUCCCAAAUUGUUAAGUAUCAAUCCAGUGUCUGUGAGGCUCAGCAGAAGCACAGGACUAUCUAAGGUUGUCUGGAAACUUUGGACAAAUAUAGUGAUCCGAUUCAUGAAUGAACGUGGACCAUCAAACUAUGGGAGAUUCCUGGGAGAAAUGACAAUACAGGAUCUGGGCGGGAGAAAGGUUUGAAAUAUGAAAGAGUCCCGGGAAAAAUGGGAGUGUUGGCAGGAAUGCUUCCCACAUACAUAUUCUCGGCACUUUUUAUGCAUUAAAUUUACUUUAAAAUGUAGUUCUUGACAUUUACAUCAUUAAGCUUGAGUAAUUGCUCAUCCUGCUUUUUUUCAGUAAUUAAUCAUCCUUCUUUUAGAAACUUAAUUUAAGUUUUUGUGCCCCAUUGUAAAAAGUUUUAGAUUUUAAGUUAGAGCCAGUGGGCUCAGAUCCGAGUGCCAUAGGCAGGGUUUGUGCGAACAAAAAUGCUGAGAAUUGCCUCUGAGGCAUUGUUGGUUUUUGUCUCAUCACGAGGACCUUAUCUUUUCAAUGGCUUGAUAAAAUGUUGAAGCAUAACGAGAAAGAGACUUGAGACUGUAUGUGUGUGUGUGUGUGUGUGUGUGCGCCGCAGGAAAUCAUCCAGGAGCUCAUAAAGAACAGCUCUACAUUCGGAGAUAAGACUGAAUAUGCCCAAGACAAGUACAUCAAGAAGAAAAAGAAGAAGUGAGUUACUCAUAAUGUGGCAUGCAAUCUGUUUCAGAAUUAGAAUAACUCAGGGUGAUGUAAUAAGUGAUAUCAUGUGUUCCUAUCUUUUGCGUUUCCAGGUAUGAAAACACUGUGACUAUUCUUAAACCGUCUUGUCGCAUCCUGGCAAUGAUGUACCACGGCCGGGAACCAGGGAAGGUCUGGUGAGUCAGCACGCGGAAUUACAAAACGUGUGAAAUUAGCCGUUCACAGAGCAGAAUGUGAUGGAUGUGUGUGUUUUCAUGCGAUGCAGCCACCUGCGAUACGACACCCUCGCUCAGAUGUUGACUCUGGCGAACAUCCACGCUGGCAGUAAAGUUCUGGUGUUCGAGACGUGUGCUGGCCUUGUGCUAGGAGCUGUCAUGGAAAGAAUGGGAGGUACAUCUGCCAUGUGACAAAGCGUUUUAACCUUUUUCAAUACAUACAAUGUGUUAUCCAUUGGCAAACCUUUUUCUUCUCCCUUUUGUGUGAUUGUGCUCUUUUUUGUUUUACUUUCGAUAAAGGCUACGGCUCAGUGAUCCAGAUGUACCCAGGAGGAGAACCUGUUCGGGCCGGUGUGGAGAACUUUGGCUUUCCCACACAUUUUCAUGAUACGCUGCAUGAUUUUCCCAUCUGUCGUGUCAAUGCUCUGCUGGCAGGAACUCUGGACACCACUGCCAAAGAGCCCACUGCCGGCGGAGGUAGACUGUUUAUUCCAAACAUUCUCCAGGAUGUUUAUAGCCUGAUUUUAUAUAAAACAGAUAAUCUGUUGCUAAAAUACCAAAGGAAGAGAUUUUCCUCAUUUAAAACACCAAACUGCUUGGAUUUAUGUCUUGCCAAUUUAUUUCGACAGCAUUUUUAAACCAGAAAGUGGAUCAUUAAUCACGUCACACAUCCACUUUAUGGCUGUCCUUGAAUAUCAAAUAUCACCUCUAACAUUACAGAUUUAAAGCAGCCCGAUGCAGCUGCAGGGGAGGAGCAGAAGCAGCCUGGGGCAGAGCAGCAGGGCAGUCCAGAGGAGCAGAGCAUGGAGACCAACAGUGCUGCUGAUGGAGUCCAAGACCUGGAGAGAGAAGAGAAAGAGAAACUCAGAGAAGCAAAAGUAUGCCCACUGUAACAUCCUCUUUUUUUGUUUGUUUGUUUUCCUGCCUUUCUCUUUGAAAGUAAAAAGAGCAAACACACCAGAUCAAAUUCUGACCUCUAGAAAAUCUUCAAACUUUAUGUUUUCUUUUGUUUUUUUUUAGGCUCAGGAAAAAAAGGUGAAGAUGGAGGAGAAACGGAAGAAGCUGGCAGCUGCUGCUGCCCUGCUGGAAGGCAGGAACGCCGACGGGUUGGUGUCAGAAUGAGUUUCUGCUUCCAAGUUUUGUUUUGUUUUUUUUCCCUCAGCAGCACGAGGCUCAUUUCUGCAUCAGCAUCUUUCUUUUUGUUCCAGCUCUGCUUUAUCAGUUCUGGAUCGCACCAAGUUAUAAACAACAGCAAUUAAAAUAGAUCUACAGGCUCGAAACUCGAUGAGCGAUUAAAGUAUUGUUAAGCCUGUCGAUGAAAAGCUUGAUAAAUGUCGUUCCUCCCAGUGAGUCGACAAGCCGUGACCACCGCGCAACGCCCUCUCAAGGUGAACGAUGUGAUUGCUCUGCAGUUUCCCGUCAUAUAAGAUGAAGAAGUUGCUUUAUGGCUUCGCUGUGAGGGUGAUCCGCAAGCUGAAAGUAUUGAUCUGGUUAGCCUAUUGACUUUUCCCGGAGUCUUCACAGCUGCUAUAUCAUAAACAGUGCCUCAGAGCACAAUUUUCUACACUGUCCUAAAUCUGCCUCUUUUACUGACUCUCGACCAGCUCUGUAAAACAGGAAAUGGAUGUCUUUAAUUAGUAUUAAACCUGUAGGCCCACCGCCCGUAACUCACAUGGAAGCACUGAUAAGCCAAAUUACUUCAUUUCCUACUUAUAUCUUUCCGAUAACAGUGCCGAGUUUAUAGUGUAUUUCACACUUGACAGGUUUGCUGGAUCAUCUGUUUGUUUCCUACAUGCAGGUUGGUUAUAGCCAGCCGCUUCCAUCCGUGUCCAGUCCUAAUGGGGCUUCUGAAAUUCCUCUCCCCGUCCAGGCCGUUUGUCGUCUACUCCCAGUACAAAGAGGUAAGAUCAUCUGUGGUAUUUACUUGACAACAGUGACGUAAACGCUGCUUAAAUGUCCAUCAGGCAAUGUUUUAUAACCCUACUACAGCAGAGAUCCCAUUUACAGCCACGGUGUUGCCAUGCCUGUCACGUAGCAGAGCUCAUAUAUACACUCUCUGUUGUGCUUAUGCUGCGAAAAAGAUCACUGUGCGAGUGUGUGUCGACUCAUUGACUCCAGCAGUAGCGCCCUUAAUGUUUCCGUUUUCAUUUCUUCUGCCUUCAUCUGUGCAGCCUCUGAUCGAGUGCUACACAAAACUCAAGGAACAAGGAGGCGCGGUGAACAUCAGGCUCACAGACACCUGGCUCAGACAUUAUCAGGUAAAAGUGCAGCUCACCAUCAGCAGGGUAUCAUGAUUGUUUUUGCAGAUACAUUAGAUUUGCAUCAGUCAGUCAUAGGCAUGUGCCGAUAUGAAAAAUUGGAUAUCACGAUAUUGGCGGCCCAAAAUAUCAUGAUUCACGAUAUUAGUGCAUUGCUUUUAACGUUAUUAAAAAUGGCAAAAAAAUGGCAAGAGGCAGCUAACGCGACGUUGGGAGAAUUAGCUCUUUGAAGCUAAAGUUAGCAGAAACGUCACUAACAUUGUCAAUGAUAAGCAGUAGAGUAGGCCAAACUUGUUGCGGUCAUGUUGUUUUUCGCCCAAAUGUUUUAAUAUCGCACAUCACAAUUAAAUCGUAUAUCGGUACAUCCCUAGUCAGUCAUUUUUAUACCACAAAUGGACUACUUGAUGACGUGUUUUGUUAAAGGAGACACUCACAGUGACAACAAACAAAUUAAAUUCUUUAAUUCAAUGGUUCACAUUUUCAUUGCAUUUCUCGAUUUAUUAGAAUAUACCCAAACAUCAAUCGAAAAAGGGAGGCUCUUUGUAGUAACUAUGGCACCGUUGGCAGGCGCCAACUCCAGCUAGAAAAGGAAAUAGGCAUCAUCAUAAAGUUUGUCAGCAGAGAUCAACAUACAGUGCUCUAAAAUCUCCUACUGGAGGGCUGCGUUAACUCUGGACUCAUAAUAACACAGUAGACAAACAGCAGCAGGUGACACGGCACCUCAAACAUCACAGACUGUGAAAACUUUGCUCUGGGCUUCAAACAUCUUGGAUUCUGUGCACCUACCUCACUCUCUCUCCAAACUCUGUGGCCUUGAGUUCCCAACUUUACUUGAAAAGGACUUUAUACUGUUCUAAAAGUUAGAGAUAUGCUGUCAAGUUUUUGGAGCCAAAAUGUUUAAAACUAAAAUUGGAAAUACUAGAAAUAUUUCAGUUUGCAUGUGUGAGUCCAGAGUAUGUUAAAUUCUCCCUUUUUUUAAAUGUCAAAUGGAAAAUAUUAAACUUUUCACUUAAGUCGAUUCCUAUCAGACACUCUGUAUAAAUGCUCAAGUGGCACCUGACUUUCGUGACUUGUACUUGCCAAAUAUGCAAGUAUUUAGACCCACAUAUGCACUAUUAAAAGAAAUGUGAUUUACAUGCAAAUCAGUGAAACUUUGAUGCAUAUUGAAAAAUCAAGGUUUAAAUGUAUUUAUUUCAAGUUUUUUUCUUGCCUUUUAAAGGUGUUUAAUACAAUAUUAAAGAUCUUGUGAGGAACUUUGCCUUGUGGCAUCCCAGAGGCAGUUUGUGCGGGCUCUAACAAUUACUUAGUAAAAAGUACUGGUGUUGUUGCGAAUGGUUUUGUCUGAUUUUUGUUAGUCAUAAAGAGGCAUCACAUAUUUAAAACUAAAAACUCAUGAGUUUAAACUACUUCAUGAAAAUUGUAAUUCAGUUUUUUUAUUUUUUUACAAUUUGUACAAAUACAGCAGAUUAAUAAUAUAACUAAUAUAUCAGAAAAACAACUAAUUCUCAAACUUUAAACAGCAGGAACAAACUUGCUAUAAAUCAUGUAAUUGAUUGACAAAGUUGCAGCUGUUUAAAGCCCCUAAGAGGAACUUUUUGUUAGUGUGGAUUUUGGCGCCCCUCUGUGGACAAAUCAGUCUCAGUAGCAUCUUCUGACUAGAAUUUAAUCCUGCUGGUCAAAUGUAUCGUUUUUGUGAAUAUGGAAUAUAAGAACAAAAGGGUCUGUUUCUUCUCGCACCAGUUUCCAGCAUCAAACAUUAAAGUAUAAAAAAGGUCAGUUAUGGUGCUGUUGAUCUCGUCUGCUUUUCUUCACCAUAACAAGGCAUCAACAUGAGUUUGUCAAUUUCAUAAAUGUCAAAAAAUUCCUCACAGAAGCUUUAAUUUUCUUUAAAACAGUAAACAUUUUAGUCUUUUAGUCUUUUUCUUGAACAUUCGCUGCAGCAACUUUUCUUACAUCCGCUCUUUCAUAACACACUCCCGCACAGCCCACCCUUUUUCGUGUGUGUACUAGGGUCUUCGUGAACUACAGAAACUGCCUGAAACCAGCUAGUUUUCAUACUCUGAGAUCUUCCCCUCACGACCACAGUGUCAUUUCCCCCGGCUCUUCUUGUAGAAUUAACGUCUCCUUGACUGUAUUUGUGUCCCAAGGUGUUGCCUAACAGGACGCAUCCUCUGCUGCUGAUGAGCGGAGGCGGGGGCUACAUCCUCUCAGGAAUGACGGUCGCCGUGGACCGCUCCAAACCUUCAGGCUCCCGGCGAGCUGAGGAACCGGCACCAAAGAGACAGAAACUCACAGACACUGAAGGGUAAACAAACACAGAAGGAGAGAUUCUUCAGAGGGCACAUUACCGACGGCCUGCAGGGGUUUUCCUCCAGCAUCAACUCGUCUGAUUUGACUGAUCGAAACUGACACAUCUGGAAUAAACCAGACAAAAGUGUCUGGUUUGCAUUCAUCAGCACGCUUUUCCCCCGGCUUGUGUAAUCCAGAUCAGUGCAGACUUAAAGUAAUGCUGAGGAGUUAACUGUAAGCCAGUUCAGGCUGUAUGAGCUCAGUGUGUGUGUGCGUGUGUGUAUACGUGUGUUAUGAAAGGAACAGUUAGAAUAAUCUGUUAUGUGUUGAGAGUACAUGUCGGAUUUGAGUUUUAUGCCUCAACAGGUACAAACAAAUUUUUUCGUGAGUAAGCAGUCCCCUGCUUCUAGGUUAUGAUUUUUUAAUUUUGUUAUCCCCACAGUCAGUGCCAUUUGUUACAUGAGCGUCACUGUGGGUUACAUCUGUAUCUGCACAGGAUUAAAAACGCAGAACAAGAGACGCUGUUGUGUGUGUGUGUGUGUGUGUGAACUUGUUUUUUUUCAUCGAGGAAUAAUUUGAGAGAGAUUGGUUUGGUCCCAGAAUAAUUUCUUUUAUUGAGUGCAAACUGAACAAGCUCUGCAGAAGACAGUAUUUCGGAUAAAUUUUCUCUGUUUUAUUUAUAUAUCUAUAUAUAUAUAUAUAAUUUUCAAAGUUGAUCUUACUGUAUAUUUACAAACAUCAAAAUCAUUCCCAUGCAGAUUACUUUGAUAACAUCAAAAUAUCACAAAUACAAUGAUAACCAGGUUGAUAAAGUGGUUUUAGCAAGGCUCCAGA